CUAGAAAUAACGCGCAUGUCUGGCGCGGGGGGUUGUGGGUGUGAGUGAGGAAGUAAAAUGGCGGACCUGGCAAACGAAGCAGGUACGUGUGAACAUCUCAGCUCAUAAGUCUGUUAAAACCCAGAGCUAGAGAUCACAAAUCAGCAUGGCUGAGGAGCAGGAGAAACCUGCCAUAGCUCCACCUGUCUUUGUGUUCCAGAAAGAUAAAGCACAGAAGAGAUCAGCUGAUGGAUCCAGUGCAGAAGAUGGUGAAGAUUCAGACAAAGACGAUGGAGCUUAUUGUCCCCCUGUGAAGCGCGAGAGAACAUCGUCUUUAACACAGUUUCCACCCUCACAUUCUGUAUCCAAAAACAAUGUGUUUAUGCCCUCAAGUUUCUGUCAGUCCCCAACUGGAAAUUCAGACUCUGAGCCUGAGGAGAAGACUGUUGGAUUUCGUCUGAAACCGCCCACCCUGAUCCAUGGACAGGCCCCUAGUGCAGGUUAUCUUUCAGGUGUUCCAAGCCAGAAGCCUAAGGAACAACAGCGAAGUGUACUUCGCCCUGCAGUACUCCAGGCCCCACUGCCCAAAGUUUUUCCACAGACCAAUUCCAGCAGUGGGACAAAUGGUGUGAAUAAGCCCUCGGAUCCAGCACCAGAUGGACAGCCUGUCUCCCAGAAUAGCACGGAGAAUUCGGAGGCUGCUGAGGGAGCCACGGAGCAUGAAAAACAAGAAGAUGGGCUGAGCAGUGAAAAAGAAGAGAAAACCGAGAAAAAGGAUUCAGUUCCAGAGUCAUCUUUUGUGUUUGGCCAGAAUCUCAAAGACAGAGUGAAGAUAGAAGAAGGCAACGAAUCCUCAGAUGUUAAAGAAAGCAGUUGCCCACCAUCAGAAGCAUCGUUGGCGGGCACCAAUUAUUUCUUACAGUACAUCAGCACCCCUAGUUCACAGAGUGUUGCCAACAACACAGACACUGGGGCAAAGUUUGUUUUUGGGCAGAAUAUGUAUGAACGAGUUCUGAGCCCGCCAAAAUCCAGUGAGCCGGCACCAGAGGGAGGCAAGGAGAGCACAGCCCCCCCACCCACCGAGCCUCCCACACAGGAAGUCACUCCGGAGAAGGCUAACAACGUGACCGAGUCUUUGGAGGAGUCUGCAGCAGCCUACACUAAGGCUACAGCCAAGAAGUGUUUGCUAGAGAAAGUUGAGGUCAUAACUGGGGAAGAGUCAGAGAGCAAUGUGUUACAGAUUCAAUGCAAGCUGUUUGUUUUUGACAAGACCUCCCAGUCCUGGGUAGAAAGAGGAAGGGGGCUUCUGAGAUUGAAUGACAUGGCAUCGACUGAUGAUGGAACAUUACAGUCCCGAUUAGUGAUGCGGACCCAGGGAAGCCUGAGGCUGAUCUUGAACACCAAACUGUGGGCUCAGAUGCAGAUUGACAAGGCCAGUGAGAAGAGCAUCCGCAUCACAGCCAUGGACACUGAAGACCAGGGAGUCAAGGUCUUCCUCAUAUCGGCCAGCUCGAAGGACACUGGCCAGCUGUAUGCAGCCCUGCACCACCGGAUCCUGGCUCUUCGGAGCCGUGCUGAGCAGGAGCAGGAGACCAAGGUCACCCCACCUGAGCCCGAGGUUGCCCAGUCUAAUGAGGAGGACAGUGAUGAGGAUGAUGUCAUUACUCCUGCCAGCGGUAACGCAGAUGCUGGAGAGGCCCAGGCUACUGGGAGCACAUAGCGUCUCUGGCACUGGUCUGCUUGCAAGGAUGCUUCUUUUGGCAUUUUGCAGGCGCCUCUGUGGACACCCCAGACCAGCCUUUUUAUUUUGGGUAAUUAGAAGUUCAGCUCCAGGAAGGAUCCCGCACAGGUCUUUCUCACAUAAGUCUGUGCAGUUCCAUUCCCUGCAUUAAAAAUCAAUCUGGAGUAACUUUUUUUUUUUGACUGCAAAACUGCGAAGACUUUUCAGCUUUGGUUUGGGACUUGGAUGCUCAUCAUAUUGAUGAGUGCGAGGGCGCAAGAGAGACAAAAGAGGUUCUCUCAUCUCCAAUAGACGUGGCACAUUUAAGACUCUACCGAAUAACUAUGGGACCUUUCUAUUAAAGUCACAUCCGUAAAAUCCUCUGGGACCUAGAAUUCCAGCAGAGUUUUAAGUUUGUCUAGAAAUCUAGUCUUGUACACAAAACUGGUUUCCCUUUUUUUACUUGUUUACCUAUUGUCACUCAUUCUGAUUUGUUUUCUUUUGUUUUCUCAAGCUCUUAAAGGCCAUUUACACAGGCACACACAACUGUUACUAAAACGCUUAACAAAAGCUGUGCCCCUUGUCUUUUCUUUGUUCAUAAUAAACAUGUCCUGCUCUGGUGGGUCUAAACACAGAGGGUUAAAAUCAGUUUGCCUACAAUAUUGAUGUUUUUGAAAAUCUCAACAAAGCAGAAGCUCAGGUAUAACAUGUCCAGUAGCUGAGCUUUUUUUUUUUAAUUUUUUAAGACACAAACUCUAGAAACUAAUAGACAUUCUACAGGCAAUGGUUUGGUUUCCAGUAUUUUUCUUUUUUUGGGGGUUUGUAUUGUGCUGAGACUUAUUUUUUUAUUAAUAUUAACACUUUUCCUGUUUUGAUUAAUGGGCUCUGGCAUGCUCAGAGCUGGAAAGAGAUUUUUUUUUGUAUAUAUAUAUACAUUACUCUUUCAUUGUAAUCCAAGUGUUUUGUUCUUUGAAAAAAAGGGGGCAGCCAGACUUUAUGAAAUUAUCAGCUGUUUUAGGAGCUAAAUUGGUUAAGAUCAGACAUGGGUGUAUCUGUUGCUCUUCCCAUCACUUGACCUGAAAUGUAGGGAGUAUUUAUUCAAAUGCAGAAUAAGCAAACACGUUCUGGAGAAACCUUUUAAAAGUAGUGAAAUAUUUAACUGGAUUCGUUUUCUUAUGGGUCCUUGUGGGUUUAUCUUGGUGAAAGUACACUAGAUAAACACCUGUAUUCAGAUGUCUUAAUUUGAAAUGGGAAAUACAGCUGUGACACUAUUUGGGGCCACUUAAACUGUGGUUCAGGUAACUUGGGAGAAUAUAUCUGAAUACAGUGCUUACUGCUUUGCUGGUUUCAUGAAAAGACCCUCCUCCCUAACACAAUGGAUAGCUUCCUUUGGGUAUGUUUCAGUUUUGUUCUCAAUGGCCUGUUUUUUCAUGAUACAGUCCUUAGAAUCCUCUGGAUUAAGCUCUGAGAGACAAGUGGGAAUCCAUAGCAGAUGUGUGUGAAACCCAGAAAGAAAUGGCUUCUUGAAGUCCAAAUGAAGGCUUUGAAUUCUGACUGAUUUCACCUUGCGUUUGCUCAGAAAUUCAACCUUUUGUCACAGCACCUCAGGUGGACUUGAGUGCUAUAAUCAUCUCUUGUGUACUCCAUAAUUACUUGAAUAAUUAGAUUAUGAUUGAGGCAAAAUGCACCAUUUUCACCUCUGUUAACUGACAUUUGUUCUCCAUAUGUUAUACCUUGAAAUGGCAUCUGCUAUGUAUUAGUGCACAGUCCUCCCCUACACCCACAGCCCUGGGUCAAUCAAUUAAUAACCUUGAAUUGUGCUACAAAUCGGAAUUACAAGACCUUGAAUGGCCUCUCCCAUGCUCUGAGGUUUAUUUUACAGCUAUAAAGAACAUUGUUUGAGAAUUUCAAUUAGGAGAGUUUUCUGGAAAGAUCAGGCAUGGACUAAUUGUAGCAGAUCAAGUGUUGAAAUUCAUGGGGAGUCCUACAGUAGUCGAAUCUUAGUUUAGCACAACUCUGAAGGCUAGUAUAAUGAGUUGUGGGGGUAGCGUUUUCAGAAAUAUUUGGAAGAACUCAAAGUACUGUUUUCUCAGGGUGAAAGUAUUUCUCCCUCAUGAUCAUUUCAAUCUAAUAAGGCGAGAAAAUCAUUGUUAAUCUUGUGUUUAGUCCUUGCUCAGUGCUUUUAAGCACUGCAAAUUUGACAGUUACUUUUUACUCAGUUCAUUCCAUUUGUCUCUAGGAAUAUAGAUGGGAAGAUCAGCUGUAGAAAUUGGCUGACUCAAAACUGUUUGGUUCCACUCCUCUCCCUCUCUGCCCAGACAGCUGGGUUUGAAAACUUUAAAGUAGCUUGCUAUAUUUGUUUAUCAUCCAUUAAGUGUAGCUGCCCUUUUAUUUUUUAUUUUGAUCAAGUUGGAUUGAUAAUCUAUAUACUGUUGUAUAAAUUGUGCUCUUCUUGUACUGCAGCAAGCCUUUGGAUGUGGAAAUAUGUAUUUUAACUAAAAAAAAAAGGAAAAAGCAGCAAGUAGGAGUAUUGUUGUUUAAAAAAAUGUAAAAAGCCCUCUUAAUAUGUAUAUUCUUGAACAAGCAGCCUUAUAGUUUGAGGAUCUUCUCUUCUGUUUAUUUUGUACUUUCACUGCAGUCAGUAGAGAUUUGUUGCCAGGAGUGUAAGUGAUUAGUUUUCCAUACUGCUAAUUAGCAAGGUGCAUAGGACAAUUCAGCUGGUAGCAGGGCUCAGAAAUGAAUGUACAGCAUUUGUCUCGAUCUGGGCAUAGUCCUUCAGCACUUUUCUUUCCCCCUAAAUAUGAACUUGAAAUGCAGUGUAAAACGCCAAACCAACUUCAAGGCUGUUUUCAUUGCCGUUGAUAAUGUUGGGAAAUCGCAUGAAAGGAUUUCGAAAACAAAGUGAAAAGGUUUUUUUGUUAUUGGAGAUGUAACAAAACAUUGUGAAUUGGGCACUGUGCUUGCGUUGGCUGAGGCUGGUUCAUUGUACUGUACUGUUCGCUGUAUAGGAAGGUUAUUAGCAUUUUGCAGUGCAAAGAAUCCAGUCAUAGCGUUCCAAAACUGGUGCUAUUUUCUUUUAUUAGUGUUGCGGUUGUUGGAAUAUCUCAGAUCUCAAAGGUGAAGCUACAAUUGUGGAGAGUUAACAUUUUCAAGGUUAAACAAAUCCCUACGUUUCUCGGUGGAUGUUGCACAAGAAAUUGAAAUGACUUAAUUGAUUAAACAAUUACAUUGGAAAGAGAGGCUAACAGCAGUCUGUGUGGGCGAUUAAUAAGUAACAGCUUUCUUUGGAAAAUUAGCUGGGCUUGCCCUCUUCUAUAAUACAAUACCAUCUAGUUAAAAUUCCUCCAGAUUUUGUUUCUCCUAAUAAUACCCCAGCUUUGUUUAACUUUACAAUACAGCUAUAAUGCUUUUUUAAAACUUUUUUUCAGUUUUGUGAGGUUAGCUGAGAGCUGAGCUCUGCCUUCUUUGAACACCAGUGCUAAAAAGUGGGGGGGAAAGAAAUACUACUACAUUUCCAGGUUUUUCACAAAUGCUUAUGUUUUGGGUACAGGAUGUAAUAAGACAUUAAAUGUCCUUGUUUUUCUUAUCAGAAUAGUUUCUUUGCAUUUCCAACUAAGUCAUAGUUCCAUGUUUUUUUCAUUCAGUGUUCAUAUAUGAUGCAGGAGGUUUCAGAAACUACCAGUGCUCUGGCAGCAGCUAUGAGCACUGUUGUGAUGCCCUGAGGAAGUCCAUUCCCAUAGUUUUUGCAGUAUUUAUGGCUGAGGGAUUCAAGUUGUGCGAUCUGGACUUCUCUUUAUCUUCGCCUACAAUGCAAAGGUGCUGAGAAGAUGUCAACGCAGAGCAAACAGCUCAGCCAGUUUUUAUUUUAAUGUGACUGCUGAUCACCGCCUGGACAGUAGAUGUGCAGGCUGAAAGGAGAACGGAGCUUGAAUGUUUGUGCUGUCUGUGGCAGAAUCGGUGAGGAGGACGUUGAUGGGACCAGUCUGUUGGUCACUCUGUGGAUUGAGCAGGUCGUGAGUAGUUUUGGUUUGGUCGAAGUGACAGCCGUCCGAGCCUUUUUCAGUGUCUAAAGCAAGCCCCCAUACAGCAGCUCUGCUUAAGUAGCUUACAUGUAGUAGUUUACAUUUUGUAUCUCACAAAAUUUUAAAGGUGGUGAUCAGUAUACAAAUGGGGUAGUUUGUGCUUGUGUGGCUGUGGACAGGGGAGGUUACUCUUUAUAAUCUACCACUUCAUUGAAAUUCAUUUUUGAGCCCUCUCUUGCCAGGUCAAAACCCAGAAAUAAAAACCUAAACAUGUUACUUUAUGCUUCAAGCUUUAGUAAAAAAAACAAGUAUAAAAAAACAAAUAAAAAAGGAAAUAUCACUAGUGUUUUGAAAAGGUUUAUGUAAAAUUGUCAUAUCCGAUGUAUUUGAGAAUUACAUUAAAACUUUUAACAGAAA